AUCUAUAUAGAGUUCAAGUACAACGUCUUUGUCCCAUUUCCUUUGUUUACUGCAUUUUCAAGUACCUGCACUGACCCCCGGUUGUUUACAACACAUUUGCGACCUGGCAAGGUUAUUUGAAUAUUAAUGAUGUUGAUAUAUUUAUGUUAACCAAUGAACAACGUUUCCAAUGAUAUUCGCGAAAAUGAGCUAUGUUAAUUCUACGAGACGAAAAGUAGUCCAAAAGUCUAUGAAAGUUUCUUCAUAAAAUAAUGCUUUAUUUUUAAUUUCGCAUAGAAAAUCACAAAAUAUAAGCUCUUAUCUUUCUUUUGGUACCAAAAUUAUAAAUCGGAAACGAUAUUUAGUACGUCGCAUUUAUCUUUAAAAAUCACGUGUUAUGGAAUUUUCAAUGAAGCCAGAGGUCGAAAUAGCGGCGCCAUAUUGGAAAAAUUGAUUAAGCUGAUAGCGUUAUCGAAAACCACAAUUUCUUCAACAAUUACUUAAUAUAAACAAAGAAAAACGAUAGCAAUCAAAUGGUGGUAGUCUUAAGUACCUGAUGCCAUGUCAUAUCCAGGCGUAUUCUGCGAGGCCGUUGGCAUAUCCACUGAUAUGCUGAACGGCACCACCGACAAACUUGCAACAACACUUACCAACGGAGCUGUUCUUGAAUUGUACGAAUAUUGCUAAGACAAUAAUAUUAACAACUCGCAACUUGUGCACAUUUUGUCUGAGUUUGAUAGAAAUUUUGUGAACAAUAAAACUCAGUCAAUAAUCAGCAAGAUUCAGAGACUUAUUGAAACAAAGAAUAAACUGAAACACAAAAAGAAAGUUCCAGGGGUACAGAACGUCGACACAUUAUUAAAUAAACAUUUUACAAGUGUGAAGAACGUGCCUAAAUUGAACACCGAUGUGACUGUGAGUGAUGACAAGUCGGAGUGCGGUGCAACAGUCGAGUCUUCACCAUCAUGCUCAUUAAUUAAAGAUUUGUCGACAGAAGUGAAUCAACGUUUAUCAGUUUCAGUGCAGACAAACUUUGAAAAUGUUGAUUAUGAAGCUCUCAACAAAAGCACUUAUUUGCUGCAAUUUGAAAAUGCAAAAAAGCUGAAUGUUUUUGGACGGCUGAAGAAGAAAAUCAGUGGUAAACAUGAACAGUUAAAUGCCAUUGAGAAGAUUGGACAUUACUCAGUACGAAAUGUGAAUAAACGAGAUAAAAGGACAGUGAAAAAUGUGAUGCUUCUUCGUAAGUCUGAGAGUUCAAAACAUUACUGACAAGAAAGGUGCAAAAACUUACAGCAAAGAGCACUUGUUUAACGAAAGAAGUUAAUGACUUGAAGGUUUGUUUGACCGAAUUGCAAAAACAAAAUGAAACCAUGGAGACAAAAUAUGAUGAUCUACUUGGUCGUUUCAACAUUGAAAAAGACAAAAAACUGUUAGCACAAAAGUCAAACAGCUACCUCAAGAAAAUGAAUAGCGGUCUGCUUGAGAAAAGUACAGACAGACAGCAUCAUGAGUGUGAACAUCUUUAUGAACUUGAGAGGUGCAAUUUAACUAUAAAAGGACUUGUUAGAAGAGAAAUACUUCAAGAUAUGUGAAUUGGUGGACAGUCAUGUUACAGACAAUAACUUUAAUGUUGAAACCAAGAAAGAUAACAUAUAUACAGAUGAUGUUCGUUUAUGUGUUAUUGAAUUGGCUGGUCUAGAAGUUGCAGCGGAAAAAGUUUCACCAGUUAUUCAAGCUGUACUGAAACACCUAACAAAAAUUGACUUGCCAAAUCGUGACUUACCAAACGCAACAACUGCACAAGCAAUAAUUGAUGAAGGACAUUAUAUUGCAAAAGUCUUUAUUGCUGAAAAACUUGAAAACUCAAAAAAUUGGGGACUGGGUCGUGAUGGGACGACACGAAAAAAGCAGAAAGUUGUUGACACUGCUGUCACACUACACACGGGCGUCAACAUAAGCCUAGGAUUCACCUGAAUAGCCAGAGAGACAGCAGAGACUAUUCAGCAAGUUACAGAGUCGCAUCUCCAAGAACUUGCUGCAGUUAAUGAAAGUGAAAACUAUAUAGUUGAGGCAUUAGCUAAGUUGGCUUUCACGAUGUCUGAUAGAGCUGCCAAUGAGAAGAAGGCAGAUGAGCUAUUAGAUGAAUGGAGAUCUGAGAUGUUAAGAACCUACAAUGGUGAACAUAGGGCCGUUGAACACUUCCAUUGCAUGGCUCAUGUGUUACUUGGGCUCCAUAAUUACACAAUGCCGGAUCUGAAAGAGUUUGAAAAGUCAUGGAGCAGCGACCAUGGUCCUCUUGGACGUGAUGCUAUGCCAUUUUUUGCCAACUGGAAAAAAGAGUCUGCUGUGAGUCGUACUGUCCGAACUGCCUCUGAAACAUUUGGACCUGCUGGUGGCCAUUUGGGAGUAAGAGAUCGAUGGGAGGCGUAUUGUUGCGAAAAAGGACUGAAAUCUCUGAUCGGUAACUACAGGGACAACAGGUUCAAUUGUUUAUUUCAAACGUCAGCAGAGGUGUUUGUUCACAGAAAAGAUUUCCUUCAUGUUCUUAAUAGUGUAUCAAAGCCAAACAUGAAAAUCAAGGCAGUCAAGUCAGACCUGGAAUCGGAUGAGAUAUGUACACUAAUUCAGUGUUUAGGACUCUUCUACUUGAAGCUCACGGGACCAUACUGGCAUUUGAUAACAUGCGGAAAAGUCAGCUACCACAAACUGUGUACACAUAUUCAGGACAUUGAAAAGUUCUUGGAAGACUGUGUGAAAUGUCCUGAAAAGCUUCUUGACAAAACUGAACACUGGGCUUCUGAAGACCCAUUAGACAUUUCAAAAAGUGUCAACAACUACAACCGCCUGGCCAGUGAUCUAUUCAUCAUUCAAGAAGGAAUGAAAACCAUACUGAUGAAAGUUAUACCAGUGGUCGCAACAGCAAUGUUAAAAUGCGUAAGAAAACAACUUGUUGACUUUUUGGAAGACGGCCAGUUUGGGAAUCCUUCCAGUGACAAAGAACUGACCAUUAGUGACUUUGCCCCAGUAACAAAUCUUUCCUGUGAGCAUCACUUCGGUGAUUUAGAUUCCAGCCAGAAGAGACGGCCCAAUGCCUCCUAUCACCACCAUUUGUCCAUCCAAAUGAUAAAACGAAACCGACGGCAAAUGAUGACCUGGCUUGGAAGUAAGGGUCCAACUGAAAGAUCCAAUUUAAUGAAGGCAGCACAUAAGGGGGGCAAGACCUUGAGGUUACGGCACACGGAAAAUGAAAAAAAGGUACUUCAAGACAUCCAUGAAAGUAUGGUUAUGGAGGAAGAAUCCAAGAAUACAAUUAAGAAGCGAAAAAAUUGUGUUCCAGAGCCAGAGGUGCAAAAUAAAAAGCAAAAGCUAAGUACAUUUGAACCUGUGGACAUUCAGAACAUAAAUGAAUAUGUGGUAGUGGCAUACCAGGAUGGUUGGUACCCCGGUUGUGUAGAAAACAUUACAGCAAGUUCAGACACAGUGACCGUGAAAUUUCUUUCACCUAGUACAAAACCAGGAUUUUUCCAAUGGCCAUCUAGAGAGGACAGACAAAUAGUUCUCAAACAGUUUGUCAUCUACAGGAACUUUGUACCAGACUGUGUGUGUUCUGGCCGUCAGUGGUUCAUAAAAGAACAUGACAAUAUUGAUGCUGUAUACAAUAACUUCCAUGCCACAUUUUUUUGUUGACAUGAAACUUUGGAACUUGCUUUGUAGCUCAAAUUCUGUUUGUAAAUAAAAGAAAAUUAUGUGCAUGAUGUUAUAAUGAACUGUUAAUUUGCCAAAGAUGAUAAUUAACUUUGUUUAAUAUGAUUUUGACUGAAAUUUAUUGUUUUUAUUAUUGACAUCUUG